UAUAUGAACUGUGUUAUCUGUUCUUUAGAGGGGAGAUCAUUUAUGUUUGUCCACGUGCUUUGUACACACCCAACACACCGGAACAUAUCGAGUAAGUGUUGCUGCAUCUCAAAACAUUGGGUUGUAAUGAUUAUUUGUUCUGCACUAAGAAGUAUUGUGGCUUGGAAAUAAUGUAUUUUUAUUUCUGUUUCGCUAUUAAGCAAGCCACUGCUGUUGUCAAUUGUGGCGUAAUUGUCUUUAAUCUGUUAAAUGAUUUUCUUUGAUCUCUUAGAUCCCUUUUCGAACUCUUUUAAAAUUCAGUUAACAUCUCAGACUUUCAUCUUAAAGCUGUACAAUUUCUCAUUGUUCAGUCAGGAAUAAAGCCCACAUAAAAAAUAUUUUGUGUCCACCCAGUCCUUCCAGAGACUCGGCUACACAAUUUUGGUGUCAGAAGUGGGAUUCCCUAUUAAGUUCUGAGAUUGUAGUGGAUAGUGUGAGUUUUAAGUAUAAUAGACAACAGUAGUGGUGAGAAGUGAAGCAGUUCUGAUGCCAUAGUGUGGAGUGUCGAUGGCGUAAGGCCUUCGUGUAUAGCCUGUGGUUCGUGUGGCUGAAUGUGGAACAGCCUCGCAUCGACACGCAUCACUGAACGCGAGGGAGUCUUCAAAGCUGCCAGAAGAGAAACGGAUUGCCUUUUUGCGACUGUUGCGCUCUGCUGUGUUAAAUACAUUGCAACGGAGACCUGAAAAUGUCAGAGGACGACGCGCAAGCAGCUGCUAUCCUGGCAGGGACCUACAGCGAGGAUGACCCAAGUUCCUUACAUUUGGGUGAUGAAGGUAACUGCGUGACCGCGUUACAGUCGCAAAUUAGCGAACUCAGUCUAAAACACGAGGCUAUCAUGUCAAGCCUUGCAAAUUUGGGUAAUGUUCAGCCCAGAUCAAUUGUUUACAUCCCAAGGGAAAAACAUAUUAAACCUUUUUCUGGUGAGAUUGGGAAAGAUGUUGACACUGUUGAUGAGUUUAUAGAGGAAGUAGAACGGGCAAUAAGAACGAGAGGUCUACAGGAGGACGACUAAAUAGACUUCAUUAUUUUACUGUUAAAAAGUUCAGCCCUAGAGGAGGUUAAACUGUGCAUGCGAGGGCAACCUAAGACGCCCAGUGAUGUGUUUUCUUGUUUGCGUGAAGCCUUUCGAGAAAAACGUACGGUACCGCAACUCCGACAUGCUUUUUAUGCUCGCAGACAAUUUGAUGGAGAAGAAUUGUGCGAAUUUUCACAUGCUCUCUCCCAACUGCUCAAUUCAGCCCUCCAACAGUCGCCUAAUGUGGUAUCUGAUGCUCAGAUAGCUCAUAGAGACCAGUUCGUGGAGGGAGUGCGAGACUCCACCUUGAGGCGUGAACUGCGUAGGCUGCUCAGAGAGAGACCGGAAAAUAGUCUAUUCGAUGUGAGAAAGGAGGCAAUGAUGUGGGCCCUUGAAGACCAACCACCUCACACUAGUGUUGCAAAGAACAGAAACCUGGUUAGUGACCACCAGGAUAGGACUUUAGAGAAGAGAGACAUGACCACUGAAGUCCAAACUGACUUAUCCGUGACCCUGCAGGAAGUAGUUAAAAUAAUUGCCCAACAGGGAAAGGCUAUUAGUGAAUUGACAAAUGCCAUCCGUGGACUCACCAUGACCAAUAGCAGACCUAAGGUUCAACCCAAGUAUAUGAGUGACGGCCAACCAAUUUGUCUGCGAUGUGAAGGUGUUGGACAUAUUGCUAGGCAAUGCCGGGUGACACGCAAACCCCCAUAUCAACAUCCGACUAUGCCCAGCCCGCCAGUCCAGGGAAACAGGAAUCCUCCACUGUUGUGAGCCGGGCAGUGAGGAGUCGGAGGGAAGGUUCAGGUAAUUUGUUGACGAGAGAACGUUUUAUAGAGAGGGCUGUAGGCAAGUGCCCUGAAGUAGACAUACAGAUUGGUGGAGUCCCCUUGUGAUACAUACUUGACUCUGGAAGCAAUGUAAGCACCCUCACAGAAAGUUUUUUCAGAAACUGUCGGAGAUGAAGAUACGCACUGUACUGCUAAAUGGCUUAAACUAACCGCAGCAAAUAACUUGCCUCUACCCUAUUUAGGUUAUGUUGAGUUGGACGUGCAGGCAAUGGGGGUCAGGAUCCCUAAGUGUGGAUUCCUAGUUAUCCAAGAUAGCACAGAUGAGGCUGGCAAAUCUUUUCAGGGAAUUAUUGGAAUGAACAUUACCAAGCGAUGUCAACAAUUGGCAUUGUCACAGUUCGACACCACUUUGGGUGGUGAAUUGGAUUUUGCCUGGAAAGAGGCCUUUCCGCGCGUGCAAGAAACAGAGUUGGUAGAGAAGGUUUCAGCUGCUCGUGUCAUAGGAACAAGCAAAGUUAGAGGACCGUCUUUUUCCGUCGCAACAGUCUAUGCACGGGGCCUAAAGAUAUCGUCCAAUGAUGCUGUAAGCAUGCUGCUUGAACCUGGAAAUAGCCAAUUACCAAGAGGAUUGAUUGUUGUACCAACAGUAGUCCCUUCCUACAGCAAUGUUUUCCCAGUCCAAGUCGUCAACUUGUCUCCAGAGGACAUCUGGUUAGCUCCAAGAACACGGCUAGGUAUUCUAAGUCAGUGUAAGUGUAGGGAAGGCGAUCCCUUAGAAGUAAAUUUUCAACAGAUUUCGUCCAACCACAAGGAAGUCACAAUUAGUCGGAAAAGUGUUCCAAAGUCAAAUUGUGACGUACAGGGCUUACUAGACCGGUUGGACGUAGGCGGUACAACGACCCAACAGGCAGAGUUUAGGGGGCUCCUGACAAAGUAUGCGGAUGUGUUUGCUCUACAAGACAAGGACUUGGGAUUUACUGACAGGGUUAAACACGAAAUCCCCGUGGUUGAUGAAAUCCCAGUCAACCAAGCAUACCAGGCCAAUGAGACAGUAAAUGAUGAAACUGUUCAAGAUAAUACCCCCACACUGCCGGGAUAUUCCAAGGAAGUACUUCAAGGAUUUCAGGCUGCCAACCCAACUCUCAAAGUGGUGCGAGACUUUUGGAACCAUCAGAGAAAACCAUCUUAUCAAGAAAGAAGGGGCCUUUCAAAGCCAGUGCGUGCUCUGCUAAAACAGUGGCCCCGUCUCAGAGAAAGAGAUGGACUCUUGUACCGAGUGAUUAACGAUGUUCACCUAGGAGAAUGCUACCAGUUGUUACUACCUGCCUGUCUCAAAGACAAAGUUCUCAGAAGCGUCCAUGACCAGAUGGGACAUCAGGGUAUAGAGCGAACAUUAGGUCUGCUGCGGCAAAGGUGUUUCUGGGGAGGCAUGCAUGAAGAAGUUGAGCAGUGGAUAAAGAAGUGCCAGAGAUGUGUUUUGACCAAAAUGCCACAACCAAAGAUUCGGGCCCCUCAAACUCAAUUUUUGGCGACUCGGCCACUUGAGGUCGUUCCUGUGGAUUUCACGACACUGGAACGUGCAACAGAUGGGCGUGAAAGUCUUCUCGUGAUAACGGAUGUAUUCACGAAGUUCAGUCAGGCAAUUGCUGUUCGAGAUCAAAAGGCAGAUACUCCUGCAAAAGUCAUCCUGAGAGAGUGGUUUCUCAAGUAUGGUGUGCCAGAACACCUGCACUCAGACCAAGGCCAGAAUUUUGAAAGUGCUGUCGUGGCUGAGUUGUGCAAGCUCUAUGGAGUUAAGAAGACCCGAACCACACCCUAUCACCCCCAAGGCAACCCACAGUGUGAAAAGUUCAACCGAACCCUACAUGAUCUUCUGCGUACGCUUCCCCCUGAAAAGAAACGCAGUUGGCCGGAACGCCUGUCCGAAUUGGUCUAUGCAUACAAUGUGACUCCACACUCAACAACGGGACAUUCACCCCAUUACUUGUUGUUUGGCGUCCAUCCUCACCUUCCAGUGGAUGCCUUACUGGGCCAAGAGCAACAAGUCAAAGAUGAUACAGUCGACUGGCUUGCCGUACACCAGGAACGACCCAGAGAUGCACAUGCCCGGGCAAGAGAGAUGACUGAGAGCAGCUGAGAGAAUGGCCCAGCAACAGGAGAAAGUCUACUGUCCACCUGUUGAUGUGGGUGAACUCGUGUACUACGUUUCAGGCCUCUCGGAAGAAAUAAGAUACAGGAUGCAUGGGCCUCGACCAUGUACAAGGUUGUGGAUGUACAAGGAACCACCUACACAGUAGAGACCCUGGAUGGGGGACUGACAAAGAGGGUGCAUAGGUCCAACCUCCGUCCAUGUGUGGGACCAGCGCCGGAACAGAGAAGUCCUUGCCAAUCACCUGAAAAACAACCUAUCCCAGCUCCACCAUUAGAAGAUGAGGCGGAUGAUAUCGAGUUCGUAUUGGUUGAAGAAUUCAAUGAACCACUUGCGGAAGAGGAAGUUUCCUAAGAGCCAGAUGAUAAUGAUAAUGUUUCUGACACUGGUUCUGAGGAGGAGGAAAAUUUGGAAACAGACUCGUGGCAAAACCUUGAGGCCACAUCAGAUGUUAGCAUGGCCGAGGAGAGCCCAAGACCUGGGCCUGCACCAAGGUGAGAAAGAAUAGUGACUGUUAGUGUAGGUGUACCCAGUUCUGCCCUACGCAAGAGUCAGGGGAAAACUGCGGGGAAACACAAGAAUCCGUUCAAUCUCCCCGUGUCAGCAUGCAAUGCCAUUUCAUUAAGUCCGGAUGUAUUCUCUCAGAUUUUAGCAGGGGUGGUCCGCUUCACUUCGACCUUCACCAGACAGGUAAUCGAGUGAUAAGUCACAGAGGACAUUGACUU